CAACGGAAUAUUCAUUAAAAAACAGAAAAGGUUCUUCAAAAAAUUUAAUUAAACCGCGUAAGUGAGUGCCGAGAAAUCACAGUGAAAUCGAUUAAUCGUUUGUGCAUAUGCAUGUGUGUGUGCAGCUUUGAACUACACAUCGCUAGAAAAGUGCUAACUGUAAAAAUUGACAAAGAAGGCAAAGAGAGAAAAAAUAACACAACUAGCAAGUUAAACGCAUAAAAUGUGCAAUUAAAGAUUGUCUUAAAACCAGAAGAGGAGAUACCAAGACAACGAGCAAGGGAUUAACCAGCGAAGGGAUAAGGAAAAGGGAUUAAACGUAUAGCUGGAACAUCAAAGCAACGGAGCAGAUAUAACCUCAAACAUGGUGUCGCAUUACUACAAUACACUGCCCUACACGCAAAAGCACAGCGCCGCCAACCUGGCCUACGCCUCGGCGACGGGUCAGCCCUGGAAUUGGACGCCCAACUACCAUCACACGCCGCCGAACCACCAGUUCCUCGGCGAUGUGGACUCCUCGCAUGCCGCCCAUCAUGCGGCUGCCGCCCAUCAGAUGUACUACAACUCCCAUCACAUGUUCCAUUCGGCGGCGGCGGCCAGCGCCGGUGACUGGCACUCGCCGGCCUCCAGCACGGCGGAUAACUUUGUCCAGAACGUGCCCACGUCGGCGCACCAGCUAAUGCAGCAGCAGCACCACCAUCACCAUGCCCAUGCCGCGUCCAGCAGCUCGGCGAGUUCUGGAAGCAACAGCAGCACCGGCAAUCCGGCCACCCAACUAAAUGAGACCAACAGCAGCAUUGGAGGAGGAGGCGGUGGCCCCAGCUCAGAUGGAGGUAAUCCCUCGGCUCCGUCCAGUCACCAGCAGCAACAUAUCGCCGAAGGCUUGCCAUCGCCACCGAUUACUGUUUCGGGCUCGGAGAUCUCCAGUCCGGGUGCACCAACGUCCGCCUCGUCGCCGCAUCAUCAUUUGGCCCAUCAUCUGAGCGGCAAUGCUAACAACAACAAUAACAAUAGUCCAUCUACCCACAACAACAAUAAUAACAACAACAACAGUGUGAAUAACAAUAACAACAGGACAUCGCCAUCGAAGCCACAGUACUACGAAUGGAUGAAGAAGCCCGCCUAUCCCGCGCAACCACAGCCAGGAAAAACCCGCACUAAGGACAAAUACCGCGUGGUGUACACGGAUUUCCAGCGUCUGGAACUGGAGAAGGAGUACUGCACAUCCCGAUACAUCACCAUUCGACGCAAGAGCGAGCUGGCUCAGACGCUAUCGCUAUCAGAGCGCCAGGUGAAGAUCUGGUUCCAGAAUCGGCGGGCCAAGGAGCGCAAGCAGAACAAGAAGGGCAGCGAUCCCAAUGUGAUGGGUGUGGGUGUGCAGCACACGGACUACAGCCAGCUGCUGGAUGCCAAGGCAAAGCUGGAGCCGGUGCAUUUGCCCCAUGCCCUCACCCAUCCGAUGAAUCCGAUGGCCGCCAUGAAUAUACCCGCCAUGCGCCUGCAUCCCCAUCUGGCCGCCCAUAGCCACUCGCUGGCGGCGGCGGCGGCGCAUUCACACCAGCUGCAGCAGCAGCACAGUGCACAGAUGUCCGCGGCAGCGGCAGUGGGAACGCUCUCGAUGUGACACGAUCCCUGCUAUGGGAAUGGGAACAACGGCAUAGUGCAUAGUGGCACAAUGGCGGUGGCAGUGAGAACAGCUACAUGGAGCCGCAUCCCCAGCAUUCCCUGAUGGGGGAGACCGAGAGGGGCUCAGCGUACAGUGGUCCCUCUCUCGCCUUGGACUUGGCUUAACCCUUGGGUCGCACAGUCAGACUGUUUCGAUCCCCAUGCGGGUUUUAGAUUAAAAUAUACUUAAGUGAGGAGCGCAGUUAACGUUACACUUGGAAUAUUGCACGUUGUUAAUUUUUGUGAUUGUAUAUUCCCGGUGUUCGCACGCUAACUCUGACUCCGUCCUGUCACCAAGUCCGUUUCAAAACCACCCUUCUUGUAUGUAUUUUGUUUGUUUUUGUUCAAAGUAAUUUAAAUAUACAGUAAAUGUUUAGCGUGUAAGUUUUAGCUUUAAGGUGCCCAAGAAAAACAAAAAAACAAAACGAAACGAUUCACAACAGCCGUCCCAGCCGUUUACAGAAAUUAAUAAAUUACAAGAAGCUUAACAAAUAAUUUAGUGAAAGCAAAUUAAUUUUAAAGAGCAAAUUGAUUCUUCACCCCGUGUAAAUAUCCACAUAAAAGUGUUUUAACGUUUAUUACUUUUAUACAUCGUAAUAACAAUUAGCCUUAGUCUCUAAUCUAGUUGUACUAAAUGUAAAAUGCAUCAUUAUCGAGCACAAAAGCAAAAUUACCAUAUAAAUAAAUAUUUUUAACGUUCUCGCCCACA